AUGCCCGCAAGGGCCUCGGGCUCAGACGGGCCUGCCGUCUCCCUCUCUUGUAGGCACUGGCUGAGAUUCGAGAGUCAAACAACUUUGCUAACAUUUCUGCAGUCGCAAACAAUUUCUGGGGCAAAGAUGACGCCGGCGUCGGUCCCCUACUCGAACGAAUGCACGGUGCCAAGGUCACGAGCGACGAGUUGAAGGCCUUUUAUUCCGCGCGAGCCGCGAUCGAGGAAGAGUAUGCAAAGAAACUGCUCAAUCUGGCCAGGAAGCCCUUGGGAUCAUGCGAGGCCGGUACUCUGCGAAUGUCUCUGGACGUGGUGCGCGGCGAAGUCGAAUCCAUGGGAAAGGCACAUCAGACUAUUGCCGCGCAGGUGAAGAGCGAGCUGGAGGAGCCGUUGAUUGCCUUCACCGGGGGCAUUAAAGAGCGCCGGAAGAUUGUACAGAAUGGCAUCGAGAAGCUUCUGAAGACGAAGAACCAGCAGACGGCGACUGUCAACAAGGCACGAGAUCGAUUCGAACAAGACUGUCUAAAGAUCAAGGGAUAUUUAGCGCAGGGCCACAUGGUCAUGGGACAGGAAGAGCGCAAGAACAAGGCGAAGCUGGAGAAGACACAAAUUCAGAUGUCGAGUAAUAGCAGCGAGUACGAGGCCGCAGUGAAGGUGCUGGAAGAGACGACUGGUAGAUGGAACCGCGAGUGGAAAGCAGCGUGCGACAAGUUCCAGGAUCUCGAAGAGGAGCGGCUCGACUACUUCAAGAGUAGUCUUUGGAGCUUUGCGAACAUUGCUUCCACAGUCUGCGUCAGCGACGACCAGUCCUGCGAAAAGAUCCGUCUGUCUCUGGAAGACUGCGAGGUCGAGAAGGACAUCUCCACAUUCAUCCAGGACUCCGGCACUGGGCAGGAAAUACCCGACCCGCCCAAGUACAUCAAUUUCUGCCGUGGCGAUAUCGACGAUGUCAUCUCCAGUCACGACUCGGACGAUGACAACUAUUCUGUCGCUCAAUUCCAGCGGACUAUGAAUCCAACCUUCCGUACCUCCUCGCCCCAACCGAGCACGCUCGAAUCCCACCACGACCCCGAGUCAAGCCUACGGGAAGAGAUGGGUAUACCCAAAGGCCGCGCUACAUCUGUGCAGGCAGACGACUCUUUCACUGCCCAAGCACGUAGCUCUCAUGGGAGUGCAUCGUUCUCAGCGCAAGCUCGGAGUUCUCAUGGAAGCGCAGCUCCUCCACCUCUCGUACCCAGCCAAGCGUCCGGCCAUUCGAAUCCAUAUGCAGAUCCGUAUGCCGAAGCACCCAAGAUUCCUCACAACCCAUACCCAACAGAUGGCAUGACCCAAUUCUGCCGUCCAACUGCUCCCUCCGAUCGGAGCUCCAACAGACCUUCCAGUCGCGAUAGCCAGGACCACAGCGACUACUCUGCUCAGAACUCGUACAUAAGCACGGCACCCACCAGUGGUAAUGUUUCGCCUGUCAAGCAACACAAUGGCUCGGAUCUGUCAGCUAUUUCGAGCAUGUCUGGCGCAUCCGCACUUGAGGAGAAGCAAGUACAGAAAAAGAAGAGCGGCUUCUUCCAAUCUCAUAGUCCGUUCCGCAGACGUAGCCAGAAGAGCAGAGAAAACUUCCAGCCGUCUCAGUCGAACGUUCCAACCCCGACCGCGCGCAACACCUGGACGCCUGCCACGGCUCGCAAGUCUGAGAGCGCCAAUGCUAGUCCAACGAAGCCCUUCGGCGCUGGUGGCCGUGCGAACACCUGGAAUAAGCAGCCAUCUGUUAGCCCCGACCCGGACGUGGAUCCACGGGCAGACUACCAGCUGGGCAUUGGUAACAACGUUUUUGACGUGGCUUCGCCGGAUUCUCGCAAGAAACCUCAAGCUAGGAAGGGCGACGAGGCCCAGCUGGAUCCAAUUGCUCAAGCCCUCGCCGAGUUGAAGGGGGUGGCGAAGCAAGCCUCUGUUCGUCAGUCUGCGGACCGGCACUACGGUAUGUCGACACCAGCACCGGGAGCAGAUAGGAACAUGCCAGCUGGCUCAGUGCCCACGCCUUUCGCCAACAGCGGCAACCGCUCGACCCCGCCCCCAGCGUACAAUCCGCCGGUGAGCAGACUGGGUGCGCCUCAGCCAGCUCAUACCAAGCGAGAGAUGCAGAAGACCACGGAGCAAUAUGUGGGCCAGAAGCGUAACAUGUUCAACAGCGGCGGACCAUCUAGACCAGGCAGUGCCAUGGGACAGAGCGCACCUCCACCCCGUGCAGCAUCACCGCAGCCACCACGAGCCACCAGCCCUCGACCUUUCGCCAAUGGCGAUGCUCGACAGCAGCAACCUUACCGUGCGAACUCACCCAAUCCCUACGGUGGACCACCUUCUUCGAGAUCGCGCGCGCAGUCGAUCUCUCCUAACAAGGCUGGAUCUGGUCACGGCGCAGGCCCAGGAUAUGCUCCGCGUGGUGGUUCUCCAGGCUUUGGCAUGCCUCGCGCUACUUCACCCAAUCCUGCAUACAGCCGGCCGCCCCCUGGAUCUGGCAGUCGGCCACCUAGCAGCCGUGGCUCAGAUAACGGCGGAGCCAAUGCCAUGGUCCUCGCUCCUGCUCCAAACGCUGCGGAUGGAUAUGGCUCGCAGCGUGGUGGUAGGCCACAAAGCUCAUACUAUGGUGAUGGCGGAGGCUAUGGUCCCAACCAGGUCUCGACGCGGGUGAGAAGCCAGAGUCAAGGAACUCAGCGGCAAUUCACCAAGGACGGGAGACCCAUUUUGCAUUAUGGUAAGUCAUGUCGUACCCACGCAAUUCAAGUGGAAUAUCUUGCUGACACUUUUCCUCUCACAGCUCGAGCCAUGUACAUGUACCAAGCCGCUAUUCCGGAAGAACUCUCCUUCGCCAAAGGCGAUAUCCUCGCCGUGACAAGACAUCAAGACGAUGGCUGGUGGGAGGCUGAAGUCGUCGGCAAGAACUCUCCGCUGGGGUUAGUUCCUUCAAAUUACCUCAAGAGUUGCUAA